CUUACAUCAAACAAUUGAGAUGCGUGGAUGAAUCAUGUGGCUGUUUACGCAACCGGUGAUACGUCCGUUUGCUGCAACAGGCGUCGUACCCUACAGCGCCUAAUACGAUUUUCAGAGGGUGCUGAAAUCGUUAGACUGGAGUAUUUACUGCUGUAAAACAUUGGUCGUCUUUAGAAUCGUCGCAACCUGCCGUAUCAAUCCCCUAUCCCUGGGGGUCUGUGUUUUGGAAGACGUCUCGCCAAGCGCUUUGACGCGCUGUCUGCGACAUCCGGCUCUGUUAACGCUAACCAUACUAUCCACUUCCAACGCUGUCUUAGAAUGCCACUGUCGAUUCUGUCUUUGCGCUGCUUACAAAAGUCAUUAUUGCCGGAUUAUAUCAGACGUACCUUGCAGAGUGCAUGCAUAAAAUCAGCGCCUCUGUGCCUGAACAUGAAUGGAUUGUUACAUGGCGCGGGCCGAAAAGAGCUUAUCGAGCGAAGCCAUCGGCAAUGCAAGUAAGCGCAGAGUGGCAUUGGAUUUCGCCUUUAUCCUUCUUGGCUAAUACGGUGCCUCUGACGCUACCUAAUACUCUUAGGUUGGCACGUUUUGGGUCGGAGACUUCUGAAUGCGUAGGCCUGUUGGGCUUCUCGCACGCCAAGGGCGUUACGCCUGGUCUCUGGACUAACUUGCUUCAACUUCCGCCAAUCGAAAAGAGUCAAGGGUCGACCGUCAGCAUAUCGUGGGCCCUGAAAUGGAGUCGCUUCCGGGGCAUGUUGCUAGUUUGCCUACCGUUAUGGACUUGUCGGAAGUCCCUCACACUAUUCCGACCGACAUGAGACGGCCGGCUGUUUUCUGAUAUCUUGACUAGUUGGCUAGCGUCGCUUACAUCGUGCCGGAGGUUAGCUUGAAAUAUAAAUAACCAUGCUUCCCAGGUUCUAGUUCAUCUGUUUAGUCCUCUUGAUCUGCCUUCCCCUUCAUAGACACCAUUACACACUAUCCUCAAGCUUCUCUAUCCAUCCCUAUACAAUACCUCUCAAAAUGAAGGGCCAAAUUGCUUCCGCUCUCGCUGCUUCCGCCGCCGUUGCUUCUGCCGCUAGCGUUCCUCGCGCGCAGUCUGCCAGCAUCACUCCCCAUGAUAUGUACUCCAGCUCUAUCGGCGUCUUGGGCUGCCAUAUCAACACCAACCGCGUCGCUUACUGGCCCGGUGCCGUAGACUGCGAUCAGAUCUGCGUCAAGGUCUCACACGAGGGCCGCAGUGUCCACCUCCUCAAGAUUGACUCUUCUGGCGGUGCCCAUGACAUCUCCUACGAUGCUUGGAACUUCCUCAUCUCUGGCAAGAGUGCCACCGAGUCUCCCCAGCAGGGCGGCGGCGUCAACAUGAACUUCGAGUUUGUCCCCGCCAGCGAGUGUAGCAGCCUCCUUCACAACGGCAAGCUUCCUCUCAGCGCCUCCAACAGCAUGAACUAUGUUGCCUCCUGCCUCCAGAACCAACCUAACAGCUUCGCUGCCAAGAACCACGAGUUGCUCAACUUUGUUGAUCCCAUCUGCAAGUACGGCUAUGAUGAGGUUUGCACGCUCAACCUCCAGACCAGCAACCAGCCUACUUGCCCUCACCAGCUCGGCUCUACCCAUACUCCUACUGGCCAGCAUGUCUACAACAUCCAGUACGGCACUGGCAAGAAGGUUGAAGCUCAGUAAAGGUUGAAAUACCAUACUGGAUGUUCAUGAAGUGAUGGGACAUCGUUGGCAGCCAUUUCUGGCGAUUUGUACAUAGCAACGCAAGGUUAAAGACGGAUUUGUACUUCUAGUAGAGUUAGCGGGCGGCGCAUAUCAAUUCAAUUUUAUGAUUUUUACAUCUCUUGCUUAUCAUUGCUACACCAACAUUCUA